GAGUUCUCAGUUGUUAGAUAGAGGUCCACGAGGUCGUCGCUCAAAUAUUGGCACGGUUUCUUCUUUUGUCGCAGUUCAAACGGAAACAUGAAAAAUCAACGUUUCGUUUUCUUUUUAUAGACGAACAAAUUGUCGCGAGUCUUGUGCAAGAGACGACGCGUCGUGAAAUUCUGUUCGGAUUAGCUCCUUCGCUUCUUGAUUCGAUUCGAUCAAGUUUUCGCGUCGUAGAGAUUUCUCGGGUACAGAGAGAUUUUUUUGUUUGUAAUGCGACAUGGCACUACGAAUUUAUGAAAUACGAGAUAGCGAGCUGGGCACGCAGCAGCUGCGACGUAGCGGCUCGUUAAGGAUACCCAGGUCUUCGGACGCGAGUAACAUUGAUCGUACUAGAUUGAACGUGUCGUCCUACGAUGGAAAAUCAUCACCGUCGUCCGUUUCGUGGACAAGUAAUUCCGAUGGUACGCCAAUACGCCAAGCCAGGCAGUCCGUACCUGCGAUCGACGCACCUGCGCCGGAAUACCUCGCCAGGAACCUCCUGCAACUCGGCUGCCCAGCCGUGUCGAUGCCCACACCUCGUAGCGGAAUAGGGCCUGAGCCUCCGCAGAGCAGCGACAGCGAUGAAUACACAGCGUCUCACGGCCAUCAGCAGCAAGUGGGUCAUGGCCACGGUCAAGGACAGGUGGAAGCGUGCAGCGUGCCCAAAGUCCACGUGUCGGGACCACCUAACAAUGAUGAAUCCUCUUCCAUCAUCAAUGGGUCUGCGGGGUCCAUAGGAGCACGAUCGGCGCCCAGCACGCCUCUUCAAGUAGUUCCUGGUGGGCAGCAAGCUGGCCAGCAGUCGAUUAGCGGCUCCCAGCUCACAGUGGCUGGAGCCAAUACUUCUCAGCCUCCGAGGAGUCCAAGCCAUACGGCCUUGAGAUGUAACGACAGUCAACUCUCGAAACCGCUCAGUAGAAGUACACCAUCAAUGGCAGCUGGUGGUGUCAUACAGACUUCAGCAAAGGUUAGCAGAUCGUCGUCUACAUCGUCGCCAACAACUACCAGCAGCGCGAGACAGAAAAAAUUCCACAGGCAUUUCUCUCAGGUCGCUGCGGACGAGCGCGUGUUGAACUACUAUAGUUGUGCGCUGGUAGGCGAUAUCCUUCUGCAAGGCCACCUCUACAUCACGCCGAACUACUUCGCCUUUUACAGCAACGUGUUCGGCUACGUAACGAAGCUGUUGAUACCUACGGUCUCGGUGUUGAAGAUCAGCAAAGAGAAGACCGCGCGAAUCAUUCCGAAUGCUGUGGCGAUCGCUACCGAGGAGGACAGGCACGUUUUUUGCUCCCUUCUGUCGAGGGAUUCGACCUUCAAGCUGAUGAAACAGGUUUGGGACGCAGCUAUGGAGCCGGAGCCGUCGCCCAAGAUUCUCCCGCUCGUGGUCGAGCAAAAGCACCUCGUCCCGGACGCGCUGGUGGUCGACGACUCCGAGGUGAAUCCCGAGGAGGACGACUCCAGCAUGUCCGAGAGCGGGACGGAUCUUAAUUCCAGAUCGCCGGCCGUCUGCACCGAAACUGACGGUAUUUCGACGUCAUCCAUUACCAGGCCGAGUUUGCCACCGCCAGCAAAAGUGGAACCAUUGCCGGUACCAUUGCUUCCAGCCACAUCCAGUAGACCCAAUGUUAUGUUGUCCCUGUUUCCGGGCGCACUGAGAACUAGCACAGUGAUAGCUAUUCUAAUAGGUCUUUUAGCGGCUCUCUACGUGUCAGCAGCUCUGAUGAUGUUUCGCAUUGACAAGCUGCACACAGCGUAUCUCAACCAUCCUCUCGUUUCGCCGGAACGUUUCACGCAGGAUCGGCUUUUGCACUAUCUUAACACAAAUCUUGAUCAAAUAAUAAAGGUGCGACAGAGUUUGCAGACAUUGUCGCAGCAGUUGGUGACGAUGAGCCAAAGCAGUGAAACAGACCCAGCCGUAUCCGGCGGCGUGAUGGAGCCGGAAGACGCCCCGAGUUAGCCCCCGACGAGGCUAAAUAAUUUAAUGCAACCAAAUAAUACGAGUCCCCGUCGCCUCGCUAGCGUAUGAAGCGUCUCGUAUUAAUACGUCGUUGUCUUCGUCGUUGGCGUCGAGUAAUUUGGCGUGCGAACGCGAUCCAUGGCGACUGAUUGACGGUGUCGCUUCGACGGUCCUCUAUAGGCAUUAUUAUUGUUAGUACCUAGACUCGGAGGUUCCGAUGAUAGGCAGUUCGUUAAAAAUGGCAAACAAACCAAAAAUGAAAAAAAAUAGUAAGAAUGGGAGAUAAUAAAAAGUAAACGGGCAGGAAACCUUUGCGGAAGAUUUAUUUAGAUCGAGCAUGCGUAAACUCGAUUCCGACUUUCAGUCACGCUUGCAGACAUUUAAUAAGAUGAUGCUUUCUAAGCAAACAGACGAUUAACGUAUAAACUUGUAAUUUGUUAUGCACACGUACACAGACAGUGGCAGGGAAACGCGCGCGAAACAAUAAUUACACGGUGUAUUUGACGUUAAAUUUCGUUGUGAAUACUAAAGAAUAUAAAUAUCCGAGUGCGUACGGCGAGCGAAGGGAUUUUCGUUUUUGAACUAGUCAAGUAUAUACAUAUAUAUAUAUAUAUAUAUAUAUAUACAUACCCCAGCAUAUGACAAGGGUAUACUGAACAAAGUGGUAUAUAUAUAAAUAUAAAUAUAUAUAUAAUAUAAAAAAGAAGCUAUAUAUAUACAUAGAAUAAUGCAUAUUUCGCGAUUACUUGUUGAUUAUUGUGUAUUCGAGCUAUAGUUGGGGGGGUGGGGGCACUAUCUUUUUAAUCGAUACAAGUGAGGCAAAGCCGCGCGCAGUGUAGAACGAACAACAGUUACUUUCGUGUCCUACUGAACAAAUACUUUGUGUUAUUGCGACGAGAUAAGAUAAAUCCGGAGCUAGGUAGAUUUUCAUUUCGAUAGCGACGAAUAAUAUAGCAAACUCUGUAAAGCAAUUUAUUCGAUUAACGCGGUAAACGCCACGCAGACUUCUACAGAUCGGCGUUCGAUUUUCAGUUUAGGUCUUGUUACACUGCUGGACUGAUCUUGCCGUAUUGAAUGAGAUUUGAACAAUGAUUCUAGUUUAUCGAAAAAAUCUAAACAAAGGUUUUUCUUUACAUUUAUUUUACAAUCACUACAAACUGUCAAUUUUUUUUUAUUAUACAUUUUUCGCUGUUUUGAACCAAAAGUUACUGAAUUACUAUAAUUCAGAUUGUAUCGUUUUAUCGAACAAAAAUAACGCAUUAAAACUUAUUUCUCUUUUACUGGUUAUUCGAAUGAUUUAUCUAGAUAAAAAUUCUACUCAUCUCCGGAUAUACGCGAUGAUGAAUCACGAGUUCGUGCGGUGUUGCGAUUGUUUGGAAUAUAAAAUACAUUUCUUUCAUCUAAGAGCAUCGACUACCGCGCCUUUACAAAGAAAAGUUUGCAUUUUCCGCGCACACAGGUGUUCCUAAAGAAAAUUUUUCAUCAUCCGUUCGGAGAACGUGAAGGAAAGGUUGUUUCUUUAAUUUUCCGAUAACUGGAGACAACGUAGAGAUGACGCAAAAGUGCUCGCGAAAUAUUCCAUUUUGCUUGAACAUGUAUCUCGACACGGUUUGCACAUACGUUCUUCUAUGUGACGCAAGACACGUUCGGACAAACAAAAAAAGGCAUUGUUAUAUUUGCGCUUAAAAUAUGGAAUACGAGAAACGGGAGACUUGACUGUGAUAGUAGGAUCGAGGACGCAUUUUAUUGAAACACGGUCGCGUUUAUGGGAUCGUCGUUAAACUUCUUGAGAGAAAGAGAGUGACUGGUACAUGGUUGCUUCGAUCGGACCAAAUGAUUAUCGCAACAUAAACGCGGCCGUUUUUACGAGAUCACGUGGGGAUCUAAGAGAAGUGCUGUUACAUUAUUUAGCUAUAUUUAUAAUGAAAAGUGUAUUGUACAUCAAGCGAAAUUCACUUAAACAUUGUGUUUUCUUUUCGAUACGUUAUCAUUUAUUUACGAUUAAACAUGUGAUUGUACGAUGGUAAAGGUUAAUUAAUCGUGUAACCUCUUGCGUUGAAAUGAUGUACUACUCGCGACAAGAGUUAUUUUUUUUUUUUUGUCUCAGAAUUGGAAACGACGUGCUAUACGCGUUGCUGGUCGAUUAUCUUAAAAAGAAAAUAUAGCAAAAUCUGAAGAAUAUUAUUUUCGAAGUUUCGACUAGAUAUGACACAUACACUAUGUUACAAGCUGUCUGCAUUCCUGAUUAUUCAACGCCCCAAGGGACCCCUUGCGAACAAUACGUAAUUUUGUUUUAUGAACAAAGCAAUUGGCACAUUGUCCGAGGAAUAUCUCGUCUACAAAAUUUAAAGAAAAGCUCUCAACGAAGCUAAAAACAAAAGACGAAGUGAAAUUACUUUAGAGUGUAAGCAAUGUUUUGUUGUAUUAUAUAUUUCGUAUUGUUUUUAAAUGUCAUUCUGUAAAGAAAUAUUAAUAAACAGAAUUAUUAUAUAUAUCUGUAUAAUGUCUGUCUAUAAGAUGUCUAUAAUAAAGAAAGAAUUUUUAGUACUCUAUUCACUUUAGUACUCCACGGUUCCCAUCGAGCUAGCGUAUAGUUGUAUACAGCGUGGUCACGAAACAUUCGCCAGCGCAAGAGGUUAAACGACACCUAUUACCGUCAUAGUUUGUAUCGUCAAUGGAUUACGGAACAUAUUCUAAAUUGUAAACUACGGAAAGUACGGAAUAGGGAUGAUAUUUAUGGAGUGACGAUUUAGUGGAGAAUGUAAUUUAUUUUUUUGUAUUUUACCGAUUUGAAAUACGAACACUUACAUACAUUAAAAUGUUUAAUGUAAUUUAUGUGCGUUGAUUGGAUCUAUAAGUUUAUUAUCGAUAUGCCUUUUGGUGCGUGGAUAAAUUUAGGAGUCGGAGGGAAACUUGUGCCUGACAAGUGCCAUAGAAAGGAAAGUCGGCUGCAUUCGAAAACGAGAAAUGUUAAUGAAACGCAAGUUCACGUAUGAAAUAAAUACCACAAUUUGUUCGCUGCAUAUUUUCAUCGUACCUUGUUUUUCAUAUAUUCCGUUUAAAUCGAAAACUUUCGACGCAAAAUUAAACAACGCUAUUAUCCCAAAGAUUUAAACGAGAUAACGCGGAUAUGAAUCCUAGGCAAAACUAGACGAGACAAUUGUUAUUUUAGAUCUCAUAGCGGAAGCGCUGCAAUAGAAAGCAUAUGUUAUGGAAAAUCAGACGCAAUCGCCAAUGUUUGUGCCAAAUUUUGGAAUCAUUGGAUUUAUUGUUUUAAGGUGGAGAAAUUGUCCGUUUUGUCGGCAGACUGCUUAAAUGAGCAAUUCGUAAGCGUUUACUCUUUGCAAACGUUUGAAAACAAAAAUCAAUACGUUUGCCAACGACGACGAUUAUUCGGUUGAUCUGAAACGAUUGUUCUAAAUUACGAGAGAAAAAAGGAUAGGUUGUUAGAUAGAAUGCAUAAAUUUCGAUAGAUUGUCCCACAGAAAGGAUUUAAGCGGAAGCAAACCUAUGCGGUACAGGGCGUGAUGAUUUUCCUUUUCCGUUUACGUACAGAUACUAUUUGCCUUAUUGUAAUGUUUCUAGAAAUUUUAGAUGGAUGCUCAACUUAUGAUCCAUUUAUCCUAGAACGUAUCCAUGUAUAGAAUGUCUUGAUUUGUAUUUGUCGAGCGCAUGCGAGCUGUCGUAGAAACGACGAUUGAAUUUUUAGCUGUACUUUUUGGAAUCUGAUGUCAACUUCAAUUAAAUCGUCGUGGUUAAUUUCUCGAUGUCUAGCGGUUUCAAGUAUGAUGGACCAAGUUGAAUUUAUUCUUUCCUGUGUGUUAAUUGUAAGACGGAAGAAAAGCUGUUCAGUUGCAAAAGUACCGGAUAUUCAAAUUUCACUUCGCGAUUUUUUUGUUUGUAUAAUUUGAUUAUACAUGUAACAUUAUAUAAUUACGAUAAAUUAAAUUAAAUGGUUCGUCAAACGAAACUUUGUCCAUUGUACGCGGUGUUAUCUUUUUUUCUCCAAAAUUUCUAUACUUAACAAUCAACUUCGAGAAAGCAAAUAUAUUUAAUUGUUGCGAGGCGGCAUUUAAACCUCUAUAAUCCGUUGUAAAUUUCAAAGAACAUUUUACAUGUUUGUACUUUCCGGUAAAGUCUAAUGUUAAGCAUUUAAAACGCAUACGACUGCUAGGUAAUUAAGAUUAUUAAUUGUAUUAAGAGAGUUUAAGUUAGGCUGCAAGCAUUGUACUAUACACCUGUGUUAAUGUUCUAUUUUCGUUUUUGUUACGUUGAAUGUUAGUACAUUUUUAGAAGCAGUUUUCGAUUUCAGUUAUAGAGCGAUAAAGCAGGAUGAACUAUUUAAACGACAACACUUGGCAUUAUCCGGUGCUAACGAAUGCAUAAGACAACUGCUUGGGAUAACAUUGCACUGUUCGAAAUUGCAAUGUAGCGACAAGAGCAACAUUUUCCCCAAAGAUCGUUUUUUCCAAUGCUGUCCCAUACUGAAUUACAAGAAAAAUCGAUGAUGUUUAAAUGUAGAAAAAUGAUUAGGGAAAAUUGGGUUCCAAUCGCUACGUUUACAUUGUAUAGUUGUUUCAUGUAUUUAUAGGUAUCGAAGAUACUUAGGUGUUCCCGUAUAAAUAGUACACUCUUUAUACUUAUCGGUGCUCAAAUCAUACGUAAACGAAGCACUGGUUGCAAGGCUUCUAAAGCGUGCCAUCGUAGAUUGAGCAAUGAAUGUACAUUCGUCGGAGACAUGAUUCGGUUAAUUGUAAAUAAUUUUUUUUAUGUCUAAUUUCGUUAUGUCCAUCAGGUUUGAAAACGUACAGCUUUGUUAACGAUUGUGUCCACUCCACAAAAAUUUGUUACACCGAAAAAGACAUCUGUAGAAUGCAUUUAUAAACGCGUGCCGGACUCUGGAUAAUUUACGUACGAAGAAGACUGCGGAGAAACGGAGGAAAAGGAUGGCAGAGAUCACGAAGAGAACGUGAAAGUCACAGACAGACCAAUAAUUUAAAACGUAAUUUGUGUAGUCCGAUAACAUGGAGCGCAAAUAAAUUUAUGAAAAAUUACAGCUGCACCGUGUACCACGCUAUCCUUUUAUUUGUAUCCUUGCACAGGAUGUAAAUAAACUAUUGGUAGACAUUAAGGGAUUGGUGAAAUUUGUUGGAAGAAAUGAAAAAGGCUUAAUAAACAUGUGUUGGAAACCUAACAA